AUUUCUUCCAAAACCUUGAUUGCUACCAUUUGAGAUGUGAUGAGAAGAGACGAGAAACAGAGAAAGUAACACCAUAACCUUCACCGUCGCAGUUUGCAUUCGCCGUUCACCGUCGCAGUUUGCGUUCGCUGUUCACCGUCGCUGCGUCGCAGUUCGCGUUCGCUGUUCACCGGUGCGGUUCGCCCUCGCCUUUCACUGUUCGUCGUCCCCCGCAUCGUCUUUUAUCUUCCCCUCUUUUAUGUGUGCGAACCCUACUUCCCCAUUUGGCGACUUUUUCCUUCUCUUCCAACUGCACUGAACACUGAUAGUGAUGUUGAUAGCUGAAGCCGGAAAUGAGCGAGCUGAGUAUGCAGUUGACGGGUUUCUAAGCACAGUUGGUAGGUUGCAAGCUGAACAACAUAAACAGGUACUUCUCAUCGGAUCCCUUCAGAAUACUAAUGAUGGGAUGGAAGACACUAAUGAAAUUAUAGUCUUUAAGUUCCUGAGAAAACGGAAUUCAGUAAAACAAGACUUGCUAAUGUUGUGAAGAGUCCGAAAAAAUUAGGUUCCAAGGAUCCAAGGUAUGUUCUUAUACUAUCUUGUGAUUUAUUGAUUUCAAGAAACAAAUUCAUCAACAAUCUUCAAUCUCUUGAUUCAAAUUUUGAGCCAUGCAUUAUUUUUAAUAAAUAGCCUUCCAUUGAACUCAUGGUGUUGAAGCAUUAAUCUUAAUUAGCUGGUACCAAUAGCUAUUUAGACUUCAAUAAUAUGUUUAAAAUAGACAUAAAUUUAAUUCCUCAAUACAUAUAUGAUUUUAACCCUUACUUUAAAGAAUUCAUUUUUGCAGAAAAUUUAAGUCCUAUAACUUGGUCCAUGCAAAAUUCAAUAGAAUGAACAAUUUAGCCACUAAGAGAAUUUAACUCUUUCUUUUGUUUUUCAUUCUUUGUUUAAAAGAACUAUUAAUGAAAAAAAUAAUUAAUUCUAUUGGCUAAUUUUUAAAUAAAUAUUUAUUUUAGAAUCAAAUCCAAAUAUAUUUAGAAUAGAAAAAGUAUUCCUAAAGGAGUUGUCUGUGUCAUGAUUGAUGAGUGUAAAGUCCACUGAAUUAUGCAAAUUAAAGUCUUGAAUGAAGGUACCUGAAUUUGAAGUCUACAGCAAGAGACACUUGUUACUAAUCUAUGGUCAAGUGAAGUCAACACUCAACAGUUGCACACCUCAUUAUCGAUUCCCACUUUAUUUGUUUGCUUAACAUGAUCGAGACAUGAUUUCUAAAAAUGUUUCAUUUGAUAUAGUCUUGCUAGAUAAAUUGUUUCAAUUGUAGAUAUCCCCUCUCCUCUUCCUUUGCCAACUUAGCUCUAACAGUUAUUUCUUCACUUUUCACUGGAGAAGACUACUCUUGUGUAUAGUUAAGUUCUUCUUUUGCAACCUCACAGUUUUUCAAAUUAAUUACAAUAAAAUGAACCGGCAAGUGAGCCGAAAAAAUGCACAUCAGGCAGAACAAGUUGAAAGGUAGCUCAGACUUUAUUUCAAUUAUUGUUCUAAUUAAUAAUGAUGAUAGAUAUCUAUCACUGCUUCUGUAAGUUAUAUAUCAAGAUUGCAGCAGUGAAUUAUUAUUGCAAGGUUCUUGCAGCAUGCUUUUCUUUUCAUGUUCUUCUUAACUAAUGGAUUUCUAGCAUGGUUUAAUUUCAUCUUCAUUAGCUUUUGCCCUCAAUUUUCAAGCAAUUGAGAAAGUACAGCAUAACUAUGCUGAAAUCACCCAAACUGAAAGAGAGACAUGUAAUCAAGUAUAUGCUUGAAAUGUGUCUUGUUUUCUGCUAUGUAUCUAUGUAUGUUAAUUGAUGCUUAAGAUAGAUAUAUAAAAAUGUGAAAUGGUAGUAGUAGUAGUAGCUUUGUCUCCGGGCCCCAAGGAAUGUUUAGCUUAUUUCACGUGGACAAGAAAGCUACUGAAGCCAUCAACAGUAUCCUAACAUAUAUACAUUCAUCAGAUGUGAAAUUCUUUCUUUUCCUAAUCUUUCUUUUUCUAAUCUUUCUUUUCUACCACUAGCUAUAUAGCUAAUAGCUUCUAUAUAGCUGCUGAGUGCUGACUCACUCUCUCUUUCUCACCCUCUCUUCUUCCAAGUCCUUUCACCUUUAUUUGCUUGUUCACCUUGAAGAAAUAACUGUUUUCUUUUCUUACUUAUUUGUUUGAUAAGAACAUCCAUGGAUCACAGAAGUGAGAAGCAAUGUAGGUUGGCCAAUUAAUAUAUUUACAAGGAUUGAAAGGGAAGGUUAUAAAUCAAUACAGAAACCUUUUUGUGGAGGCCCGUGGCAAGGGUUCUGCCAAAAAGGAUCUUAAUAGUCAGAGGAACUUGUUCUGAGAUAUUUCAGAAUUUUUUCAGAGGUAUUUUUCAGAGAGGAAGAACCACUGAAGUUGAAGCAAAAUUUGAGAAGCUCUUGAGAAGAGUAAAUGUGAAAUCUGAAAAGGUUGACCUGUCAAAGAGAGCUCAGAACUAGUUAUCUGCUGUUGGUGCUCGGAAAGAUAGUAAGAAAGCAACUCUAGUUCUCUGUAAAAUGAUGAAGAACUACUGGAUCUAUGUUCAAGCCGAGGAAUGUGCCUCGAACCACCAAGGAGCAUGUCACAACCGGAGCGAGGCGCUCAAGUAUAAGAUAAUAGCAAUACUUGCAAUUCUAGUGAUGAGCAUGAUCGGCGUAUCGCUGCCGAUGCUCUCACGCGUUGUGCCCGCGAUUCACCCAGACCGUGACCUUUUUGUGCUAGUGAAGGCCUUUUCCUCCGGUGUCAUCCUCGCCACCGGUUACAUGCACGUAUUGCCGGACUCAUUCAGUGACCUCAUGUCGGACUGCUUGCCGGAAAAACCGUGGCACAAGUUCCCAUUCACUACAUUCAUCGCCAUGUUUUCUGCUGUUUUCACCCUCAUGGUGGACUCUUUCUCCAACUGUUUCUUUAAGAAGAGAAUCCUUGCUUCUUCUUCUACUACUACUGGUGAUUUUUCCGAGAAGAACAUUGAAGUUGAUGGUGGUUGCCGCAAUGAAGUGAAUAAAGAAUUGGAAUUGCUUAGUCACAGUCACACUCACGGUGAUGAGAUUGAACACGGAAAUGGAAACACGAAAGUUGUGAGUGGGGAACAGUUGCUUCGCUAUCGUGUUAUUGCUCAGGUGUUGGAGCUAGGGAUUGUGGUGCACUCGGUGGUGAUUGGUUUGUCAAUGGGAGCUUCGGAUAAUCCAUGCACAAUUAGGCCUCUCAUUGCAGCACUUUGCUUUCAUCAAUUCUUCGAGGGAAUGGGCUUAGGAGGCUGCAUACUUCAGGCAGAAUAUGGGAUGAUGAUAAAGGGCACUAUGGCAUUCUUCUUUUCCGUGACAACUCCAUUUGGAAUUGCAUUGGGGAUAGCUUUGUCGAAGGUGUAUAGUGAAACAAGUCCAACCUCACUCAUAGUUGAAGGUGUUUUGAAUGCUGUGUCUGCAGGGCUUCUCAAUUACAUGGCAUUGGUAGAGUUAUUGGCCACUGAUUUUAUGGGCUCAAAACUUCAAAGUAAAGUGAAACUUCAAAUGUGUGCAUAUCUUUUUGUUAUGCUGGGAGCAGGAGGAAUGUCAGUCAUGGCAAUAUGGGCAUAGAGAAAAAAGAAAUGUUGUAAGAAAGAAUAAAGUAGAAUUUUUAGGGUGGGAUUGCUUUUUACCUUUUUUUUUUUUCUCACAUGCAUGCCUUGGUUAGUUUUUCAAACCUCAAAGUGUUUGGUCACUUGUGGAUUGCCAUCCAAUCAAAGUAUCAUUGGCUUUCUUUAAAUUUGGUUUUAAGGAUAAAAAUCAUAGUAAAUUUUUAUUUUAGUCAAACUUACAAGAAGACAAACUCUAAAUGUUUGAAGAGAUCACCUUUU